AUGGCUUCACCUUCGCCGACGCGCUCCCUCAGUCCAUCCCACUCUCUCCCUAGGACAUCUCUAGAUAUUGACCAUGAUCAUAUCCUAUCGCCACCCACCACAAAUGGGCCGUCCGAUGGAGACUCUACUACCUCAGAUCCUGUCGAACUCCUGCGUAAAGAACUCCAACAUGCGAGGGAGGAAAAGGAGAAUCUGGCAACGCAGUACCGUAACCUGCUUUCAAAGCUAACGACUAUGCGAACUACACUGGGCAAUAAACUGAAGCAGGACGCGGAAGAGUUAGAUCGGAGAGAACAACUCAUACAGCAGCUUCAGGCUCAGAAUGACGAUUACGAGGCGACAGUAGAAACCUUGAAAGCGGAGGUGCUUGCAUCAAACGAGGAGUCCGAACGCGCAACCCGCGAACUCGAUGUGUUGCGCGGACGUGCCAUGGAGGAGAAUGCGCACGAGACCGCACGACGCGAACGCGAGUUGCACGAAACCCAAGCCGAAUUGGAACGUACGCGGCUAGAGCGAGAUGACUGGGAGCGUACCGCUAUGCAGGAGCGCGUUACUGCGGACGAGGCUCGUGCUGCGCUCGAAGUCGCUCGACGAGAAGCCGCGGUGGAGAGGGAUGCGGCACAACGGGCGGAGGAGGAGCUGGAGACCGAACGCACAAACUCGCGCAACUUGCAGAGCGUAUUGGAAGACUUCCAAUCAGCGAAGGAUCAUGAACUUCGACAGGCUGUUCAGGGGCUCGAGUCCAAGCUUCUCUCAGCAACCCAAUCUCUGGCCGAGUACAAGCAUCGUGCGCUUCAAGCGGAGAUGCAGAUCGAAGAGGGUGCCACCAAUAGUUCGCGCGUACAUGAACUUGAGCAACAGCUGAAGGAAAAGGGCCUCCUUAUCGACAAACUGCGUUUAGAAGCUGUCAUCCUCAACGAUCAUCUUAUGGAAGCACUUCGACGGUUGAGGCGGAACUCUUCCGACCAGAACGUCGAUCGAAGACUGGUCACCAAUGUCGUCCUGCAGUUCUUGACCACACCUCGCGCAGAUCCCAAGCGCUUUGAGAUGUUGAAUCUGCUAUCGAGUAUACUCUCGUGGUCUGACGAGGAACGGGCGCUUGCAGGGCUUCAACGUGGACCAGGCGGCGGGCGCAUGAUCAAUACGCCCAAAAUCCGACCGGCAGAGCUUGACAAGACUGAUGAGACUGAGUCAUUCUCCAAGCUAUGGGUCGAGUUCUUGAUGACCGAGGCGGCUUCUGGCUCACCCGUAUCGUCGCCGAGCAAAGGUGUCAAUGGCACUCCUCCCUCUCUUCCACCCUCUCCUCCCAUUUCGAUGCGCCGGAGCGUUAGUGGGGGCGGGCUCCUGUUCGGGAAGUCGAUUGGUGCAGAGAGUACGCCGGAGCUUUCUGCGCUGCCCUCGCGCAAGGGAAAGGAGAAGGCUCUGUCAUGA